AUGAAGAGCCGAGGAAGACGAGAGCAGACAGACCUGAGUCUCUGCAACUCCUCAUCAACUCCUCACAGGAUGAGGACAAGCGAGCGCUCGGCCUGCAGACAGCAGAAGUCGGUGCGUCUGCAGCUUCACAGUAAAGAUCUGCAGGAGAGGCUGAUGGUGUCUGAAGCAACAGUUCAGGCUCAAGCUGAACAACUCAAAGACUACAGAGAGCUGCUCAGUGAGUCACACUCAUCUCUGACCAGUAAGCAGAUCCAGGUGGACCUUCAGGAUUUGGGUUAUGAGACUUGCGGUCGCAGUGAGAACGAAGCGGAGCGAGAAGACACCAGCAGCCCAGAGUUUGAUGACCUGGAGAUGUGCACGUCUCUGGACUGCGGCUCCCAGUGGUGGCCCACCAACACCAACACCACCAGCACCAGCAGCUCCACCCUCACUAAGACCACCACCCAGCCCUCAGCAUACGGAGACGAGGCGUCCUCCCUGCAGCGCCUGGUGGAGGACCUCCGCUCUCAGCUGUCCCGCUCUCAGGCUGUGAUCCGCGGCCUGCAGAGCCGCCUGCGCUCUCUCUCCACCUCCAGCGACUACGGACCCUCCACCCCCCGUAAGGUCAACUGGUCCUUCCAGGCGUCUCCCUCCCAAAGCGGGGCGGAGGAGGACGAAGGCUGGCAGUCGUCUGAUGGAGGUCCGCUGGCUUCACCUCGUCACCCUCACCCAGACAAGAACCUGCAGGAGCUGGUGUCCCGUGUGGACGCGCUGGAGGAUCAGCUGAGGAAAGGAGGCAAGAAGACGGUCAGCGAGGAGGGGAAGUCUGCCACCUGGCCGGGUAAAUUCGACUCUCUGAUCAAGUCCCAGGCCCGGGAGCUGUCUCACCUCCGCCAGCGUCUGCGUGAGGGUCGAGGCGUGUGUAACAUCCUCACCCAGCACCUCGGGGACACCACCAAGGCCUUCGAGGAGCUGCUGAGGGCCAACGACAUCGACUACUACAUGGGCCAGAGCUUCAGGGACCAGCUGGCUCAGAGCAGCGCGUUGGCUCAGAGAGUCAACACAAAGAUCAGCGGACGAGAUCAACCUGAAGAUCCAGAUGAGAAGACAGAGCUGCUCGCCAUCCGGCUCAGUAAGGAGUUGCAGCAGAAAGACAAAAUCAUCGAGUCUCUCCGCACCAAACUAAACCAGCAUCAUCAUCAUCACCAUCAUCACGGCGGCCAUCGCUCCACGACGCCCUGCAGCAGCCACGCCCUCUCCGAGACCACCGACCAAUCGGAUCGCAUCUCCUACGUGUCCGAUGAGCAGGGCUCGACCAAUGAGGACCUGGAACUCUGCUCCGAUGGAGACGGAGCCAGCGAGCUCGGACAGGAGGAGACGCAGACUUCUGCAAGAGGAGGAACAGAUUGUCACUCUCUCAGUGGCAGCCUGUCCCGCCAUCCGUCUGUCCCUCCAUCCAUCACCUCCUCAUCCCACAGAACCCAGUCCUGCCUCAGCAUGCAGUACCCCGGCCCCCCCGGCCCCCCCGGCCCCCCCCUCAGAGCUGCUGCAGACCUGCACAGUCACACAGGGUUCUCCACCCCUCAGUCCAAACCUCUGCAGGGUUUGCCGUUGUUGUCCCAGCAGCAGACGGACUCUUCUGGCUUCCUGCCCUUCUCCUACCACGGAUACCAGCCGUCUCCUUUCAGCAGCGCCGCCAGCAGCAGCCUGGACGCCAGCCUGGCCAUGAAGGCCGGCGCCAGCCUGCUGGAGAGCAGUGCAUUGUGGGAUAUGGCGUACGGUACACGGUCGAUGAGAGUUGGAGCUGACCUGUCGUCAGGAUCCUCCGGUUACCAGUCAGGAACCAGCCACACAGGUUCGGACCUGAUGAAGGAACAUCUGAGAGAAAUCCGCAGUCUGAGAGAAAGACUGGAAGACUCGAUCCAGACCAACGACCGCCUCCGUCAGCAGCUGGAGGAGAGACUGGCUCGCACCGCCACUGAGAAAGGAGCUCCCACCAACAUCUACAUCCAGGGUCUGGAUUCAGUUGGUCAGCUGUCCAGUGAGAUGCGGCUGCUGAAAGAAGAAAACAUCAGUCUGCAGAACCAGCUGAAGCAAACAGAGAAAGAGGGCAGUAAGGAGGCGGAGCAGCUGAGGGAGGCGGCCAUGCUGGAUCGAGCUCGGCUGAAGGAGGCGGAGCUGGAGGCGGAGAGAUGGGCGGAGCAGAGCAGGAAGCUGCAGGCGGAUGCUGAAGCUCAGAGUCAAGAGAUCACACAGAUGAAACAGGAGAGACUGAAGAACCAGGAGAACAUCAACAGGCUGCAGCAUGAGGUGAGUGUCCUGCAGCAGCAGCUGUGUGAGAGCCGCAGUCUGCUCUGCUCGCUGCAGUGUGAGCUGCAGGUUUACCACAGAGUGUGCGGAGUGUCCCUGAACGCAUCGUCAGCUCAGACUGGUGACAUCAUCCAGCCAGGUGAACACACUGCGACCUUUGACCCCAGAGAGCUUCACAUCCAGCUGGAGCAGCAGCUGAGCGGACAGACGGACGCACAGCCUCGAGCCCGGAGACAACUCUUCAACGACAACGUUCCUUCCCCUCCUGUGAGAGAUACGGGACUCAUCAGUCCUUCCUCUCCGCUGCACACUGCUCUCAAACCUGCAGGUGGCGCCAGAGCUGCAGACAAAGCCUCAGCGUUGCAGGGUCAGGCUCCAGACGGCACUUUCUCUAACCGUCACGGCCGCCACGCAGUCGGACACGUGGACGACUUCAAAGCUCUGCAGCAGCAAAUCCUGGAGGGAGCCGCGCUCCUCCGCAAGAUGGAGGCGGCCGUGGGUUCCCUGAACGCAUCGCAGGAGUUCAGCCGUCAUCAGCCGUCAGACUCCGGCUCGGUCAGGAAGCUUCUGCUCGACACUAAAACGCUGCGACUGAUCCUGGAGGAAGCCGACUCGCUGCUGCGGAUGUUCUGGAGAGCAGCGCUGCCCAAAUCUGAGGAAAGCAAACCGGAUCAGAGUUUGAAGGAGGAAGUUGUUUCUCUUCGCCUGAAGAUGUCGGAGCAGGAGGAGGCUCUAAAGGACGCAAUGGAGAGACUGAAGAGCUCCAACCGCACCAAAGAUAGCAUGGAGCACUUUAUAGUCAACCAACUGUCGAGAACACGAGACGUUUUGCAGAAAGCCAAGACCAACCUGAAGGUGAAAACACAGGACGCUUCUGUGAGCUCGCCUUCUCUCCUGGUUGGAGUUUCAUGACGCCCCGGACUCCAUCUUCCUCCUCUUCUUCCACCUCCUCUUCUUCCUCCUCUUCCUCCUCUGUUGUCCUGGGACCAGCACACCGCCUGCUCCCCCUACAGGCAGCCUACCUGUAGUGCACCAGCCCCCCCUGUAAUCCUCACCAUCGUCUCCUGUUCACACUAGAAAAUGCUGGAAAUCCUGGUUCUCUUACUGGUUUGGAGUUUAGAGGGCUGAUGAAUGUGUUGCUGGUUAACGAAUGUGGAUGAUCGUCUUUGUUAUAUUUAACGGGUUCGAGUCUGUAAGUGUUGUGAGGUCGAGACUGCCAGUCGAAGUGUUGUGUUUUUUUAAACUUUUGUUUGGACCAGUCUGAGUUUGGCUGAAGUUGGUUCGUGAUUCAGAGCUUCUGAUUUGACUUUUUCAUUUUCCAUUCUCAAAAAUAAUGUCAAAUAAUGUCAAUAUGAAACAGUUUUAAAGUCUUUGACCUCUUGAUGUCACUUUUAGACCAUUUAGACAGGUUUUAAAACCGUCUUUUUGUGUCUUUUAUAUAACAUCUCAUCCCUUUACGACACACAUAAAAACAUAAAAUUCUCCUUUUUUGAAUUGAGAAUCAGAAGCGCUGAGUCAAAAUCCAACUUUAGUCUUGUACUUCAGCAGGGAUUCAAGAAACAAAAAAAAAUCCACUUGAUGCCAGCAGGAAUAUGGGAGGUAAGGGAGGGGAAGGAGAAGGGGGGGGGGCUUAGAAAAAAAGCCAAAACCAAACUGCAAAGUGCUUCCUCAGCCUCUGUUUGAGGCUCGUCGUUCGCCGUUAGUGUUUAGCCGAUAGAUGAUAGAUGAUAGAUGAUAGAUGAUAGAUGCAUGUGGUUUGAGCAGCUUGUGGAAACAAAGCCAUACUCUCUGACGGUACAGUAGAUAUGUUUCUGUUUUGUCCUAAUUGUACUAAUUAGUAUGUCAUAAAAAAAUACACCAACUACUGAUAUCACAAGACAGAAAACAGAGCUACCAGUGGACAGUUUGGUGAGAAGCUGGUAGAUGAUGUUCUCUGGUAUUUAUUCAAAAUUUUAGCUUCUUGUCUUCAAACUCCUGACUUUGACUGCUUUAAAUAUAGAGCCAGUUUAUUGCAGAUAUUUAAAUAACAUAUGGGUCCAACCCAAUUUCUUCCUGCUGAAACACAGAUCUGUAGCAUUGGAAAGCCUUCUCACUUCUCAGUAAACCAGUGUUAAUAAAAUAAAAUGAAUAAAUAAAACAAACAAGCACAUGUUGCAGAGCGCAGUUUUCAAGACGCUCGGCAGUUUUCGUGUGAGAUGCCUUCAAUGACCUGUCUGAUAAUCGGAAUUUUUGAGUGCACGGUCCAAAAUAAAAAGAGAUGACAUUUCAUUUAUGUAAAACACACAAAUGGACCACACUUUUAUUUUGUUUUUUUUUAUCCUUUAGAUGUUUUUAUUUUCUAUCUUUUUAAUGUAUGAAUUUCCCUGAAGAUGACAAUCACUUUUAAGGAAUUUAAUCAAAAGAGGAACAUCUGUAUGUGAGGAUUGUUUUCCUCACAAUUAUCUGCAGGAUUUGUGACGCUCACUGUGGAAAUGAACUUUUCUGACAUUUGGUCUUUUACACUGGUUUUUCCCGUAUUUGUUUGCUUUAUUUCUUUAUCUCUCUGUACAGUAGGUUGCCUGUCUCCCCCUUUGUGCAUGAACUAUGGAUUCACUGCCCUCUAAUACUUUUACUGAAAUAUGCAAUUUUUUGGGUUACUGUGCAAUACUAGCCUCCAUGGUUGCUUUGUUUUUGUUAUUUUAGGCCUGGUAUUAAAGUGCCAUGUCACCUGUUUUAGCUCUGAAGCUAAAUUGAUUUAAACAAACUUACUUUUAAUGAAUAUUUCCUGUUUCUGACAAUCAAUCUGAAGCCCAGUUUUAAUGCCCGCUCCUUUUCGGCUUAUAUGAAUCAAAGUUUUAUAUAUUACAAGGCAAAGUAACAGCGUCAAAGUACACUGUAAUGAUAUAUUUAUGAAGCAAUAAGAUCAACCAAAGUGAUGUUUUCAAAUCAGGUGUAAUAUGAUCUUUUUUUGUGUAAUUCCCCACAGGUCAAAGGUCAAACUUGAUGUCUUUUUCUUAGUGUCAGUGUGGUGUAAGGAGCCACGUCUCAUGUAUGUACAUAUUAAAGGGAGUGUGAACAUCAAUGCAAGUUUUUUGUUGCCGUGAGAGAAAGAAAUGGUCUUCAGUCUAAAGGCCAGCUGUAUUUUUAUGCAUGUUCUCUUUAUUAAAAAUGUUUUGGGGUAAAAAGUAAAGAACCUUUUCAAUAAAAGGGGACAAAACCA